AUGUCUACAGAAAAGGAUCGUAUUUUUUAUGCCAAAUUAGAAGCCUUGAGAGAUGUCAGGGCUAAAACAAUUCACAUGGAAAAAUUAAAAGCACGAAUUUUACAAGAAGUGGAAGCAAAAGAUAGAGAAGAAAAAUGCCUUUUAGAUUACAAACAAGAAAUGGAAGCACUUACUCAGGAAAAAAUGGCACAUGUUGAAGAAUUAAGGCAAAUACAUUCGGAUAUUAAUUCGAUGGAAAAUGUUAUAAAGCAAUCUGAGGAAGCUAGAAACAGAGCUCUUGAAGCAGCUCGAAGAUUUCAUGAUGAAUAUUUACCAUUAAAAUUGGAAGUUGAUAGAAUGAGAGUCGAAUAUUUAGGUUUAGAUCGUUUACCUGAUCUUCAUGAAUCUGAUAGUGAUUUAAUUGGUCAAGAUUUUUUUCAAAAACAUUUUCCUCCGCCAAAACCGGAUUGGAGGCCCGAGCUUCAUUUUGCUGCUGCUGCUGCCGCAUCGACUUUUGCUAUGGCGGCACACCAAACGCACGCCGCAGGACCUUCAUCUGUUUUUUUACCUCCUCCUCCACAUCCACCAAUAAGUUUAGGACCCAGCCACAGCAAAGCUGUACAGGAUUUGCAAAGACCAAAUAUUCCAACUUUGCCGGGACCGACGCCAACAUUUAGACAACAACCUCCACCAAUGAAAUCGUGCCUGUCUUGUCAUCAGCAAAUUCAUCGUAACGCUCCCAUUUGUCCUUUAUGUAAAGCAAAAUCAAGAAGUAGAAAUCCUAAAAAACCUAAAAAAAAACCGCCGACCUGA